UCGGUACCGUAGGUUGGGUGACAACGAGCUCUGCCUACUAUUUCCAUGGGUGGCACGAGUGGACUUUCUAUACUUCACGGCCUUCUCGGCAGCGCCAACACCCGCCGCAGCAACUCGUCACCUCCCACCAGUCUCAAGGCCUUAACUUUUGUAAUACUUAACCAUGUUCGCUUCGGUGGCCUCGCAAAAGCCGUCUCCAUUCUCUACUCAUCCACCGUCGCCUUGCCUUUUUCUCUCUACGCCCACCUAUUUCAAAUUUGUUUUUCGAAAAAAGCCAUUGUCGAGAUACGGAAACUCGAAUCUCACCUAAUCAUGUGGAAUCUGAACCCACCAAUCUUUUUGCUUAAUAGGGCCAUUGAGGGCUAUGGGAAGUGUGGCUGUUUGGAUGAUGCCGAGGAACUGUUUGACCAAAUGCCUAAAAGAGAUGGUGGGUCAUGGAAUUCAAUAAUUACUGCGUACUCGCAAAAUGGGAAGGCGGAGGAAGCUCUAGGUAUGUUUUCAAGGAUGAGGAGGGAAGGAGUUUUUGCGAGUGAGGUUACUUUUGCGAGCGUCCUCGCGUCAUGUGGCACCUUGUUGGAGCUGGGGCUAUCGGGGCAGGUGCAUGGGCUUGUUGUGAAAUAUGGGUUUUGUGGGAAUGUUAUUUUGGAGAGCUCGCUUGUGGAUGUGUAUGGGAAAUGUGGCGACAUAAGUGAAGCGAGGAGGAUGUUCGAUGAGAUUGAUAAUCCGAACGAUGUCUCGUGGAAUGUGAUUGUUAGGAGGUAUUUUGAGAUGGAUGAGGGAAAUGAGUCAGUGAAGAUGUUUUUCAAAAUGAUUAGGAUGAAUGUGAGGCCGUUGAGUUUUACUGUGUCCAAUGUCCUUCGUGCUUGCUCGAGUUUUCACGGACUUAAGGAAGGGAACCAAAUUCAUGGAUUUAGUAUCAAGAUUAACGUGGAAGAGGAUGAGGAGGUAUCAAAUACUCUCAUUAGCAUGUACGCGAAGUGUGGAGAUUUGGCAAGUGCCAGGACAGUCUUUGACCUAUCUUGUUCCCGAAAUUUGAUUAGUUGGACGGCAAUGGUGUCUGGGUAUGCGAGGAGUGGGCAAACGAUGGAGGCCAGGGAGCUUUUCAAUCAGAUGCCAGAGCGAAACGUGAUAUCAUGGAAUGCGAUGCUGGCAGGUUAUGUGGGCUCCUUUGAGUGGGAUAAAGCAUUGGACUUUGUUAUUCUGAUGCGUAAACGGACUAAGGACAUCGAUCAUGUCACUCUUGGGUUAAUUUUGAACAUAUGUGCUGCAAUUCCAGAUGUUGAAUUGGGGAAACAGGUUCAUGGAUAUAUCUAUAGGCAUGGUUUCUAUUCCAAUCUCUUUGUCGCGAAUGCCCUUCUCGACAUGUAUGGAAAGUGCGGUAAAUUGAGGAGUGCUAGAGUUUGGUUCUGUGAGAUGAGCCAUUUACGAAAUAAUGUUUCAUGGAAUGCUUUAUUAACAAGCUAUGCUCGUCAUGGAAUGAGUGAACAAGCCAUGAUGAUUUUUUGGAAAAUGUUAGAUGAGACAACGCCAAGCAUAUAUACCUUUGGAACAAUUUUGGCUGCUUGUGCAAAUAUAUUUGCACUUGAGAUAGGUAAACAGGUUCACGCAUUUAUGAUUAGAAAUGGUUACGAUAUGGAUGCUGUAAUAAGAGGAGCUUUAGUGGAUAUGUACUCCAAAUGUCGCUGUCCUGAGUAUGCUCUCAAAGUUUUUGACGAGGCUACUUCGAAGGACGUGAUACUUUGGAAUUCCAUGAUUUUGGGUUGUUCACAUAAUGGAAGGGGUGAGAAGGUACUUGAAUUGUUUGCAUCCAUGGAGGAGCAAGGUGCUAAGCCAGACCAUGUCACCUUUCAAGGAAUCUUGCUUGCUUGUAUUUCCGAAGGCCGGGUUGAGUUGGGUCGGCGGUUUUUCAAAUCAAUGACUGAUAAACACUGUCUGAUACCUCGUUUGGAGCAUUAUGAAUCCAUGAUUGAGCUAUAUGGUCAGUACGGAUGUAUAGAUGAGCUUGAUCAUUUUAUAAAUGAGAUGCCAUUUGAGCCCACUGCCCCAAUGUUGAUCAAAGUUUUUGAUUACAGUCGAAAAUAUAAAAGCUUGAAGCUGGGAGAAUGGGCUGCUGAUCAACUUAAUAAAUUAAAUCCUCCUGUUCCAUUCCGAUUCGAAAUCAUUGACAACAAGUAAUUGAUAAACAAUUACUCAAAGAUGUAGAUCAAUAUUUUGCAUCAUGCAUACCCAUACCAUAAUGCCCAACAUAUCUCUGAAGUGUUAAAAGAUUAGGGGUCUGAGUGAUUCUAAACUCUUGAGAACUCCUGGAAGAGAAAAGUGAGUGGCAUCAGUGAAAAAUCGUUUGGGUUUUAAUUUUCGCAGCACAUGAAUGGCUUCAUUUUGUUGCAUUUCAUAUUUUGUCUAUGAAGUACUAUCCUCAAGAACAGUGAGAAUUUCAUGUGGAUUGGGAAGGUGUCGCACAAGGGUAGAAGUGGCUUGAGACUGAUAUGAACACUGCUAGCUUUUUCAGCAACUUAAAAUGUAAAUAUCGAACUGCCCUAUUGCCAACUUUGGACUAUCGGCUUUCAUGGUAGAAACUAAGAUUUCCCAUGGAACCAUCAAAUAGGCGCCAAGAUACAAGUUCUUUUUCAUACUUUGAAUCCAACUACAGAAGCCAAGGUAUUCUUUCUUUUCAAUUAUGUCAUUUGUUGCCAAUGUUUUUAUAAUUUGAUUGCAUUAGGGUCCAAAACUUUGUAAAUAAGCUGCAGGGAAGUUUCCUUUACAGUUAACUCCCCUGAGAACUUCUUGAUGGCAACUGAGAGAUAAUUAUAGCAAAAAAGUAGCGUCUGUUUUUUUGGGAUUCGAACUGUAUUUCUAUACUUGGCUUUGAUGUAAGGGCUGCUGUUUCGAGAAAUUCGAUGCUGAGGCUCUGUUCCUGUCUGAAAUUAUUUGCUGUUUUGAGAUGCAAGUAUUUGAUAGCAAAGUAUAUGUCUAGCUUUAUGCAAGAAGUGGUUGAUUUUGGGAUAUAAAGUCACUGUUGAACGUAUAUUGAGUACCAAAGCUUGCCCCGGCUCAGUUUCUUUCAACUUCUAACACCACAACCCAACAACAACGACCCAAGACAAUAACCAAGCUUUCACUUCCGGUUGCCAAUGAGGUAGUUUACUUAUGAGACCACGAAGGUGCACUAUAUCUCAUAUAUUAUCACCACUAUAAGUAGAAAUCAAAAGGAGGCAGAAUUAGUAGAAGGAAUCUCGCAGAAACCGGCUGAAUAGAGAGAGGUAGAGGACGUCUCUCACCAAGAAAGAAAGCGACCCAUUUUAUCAAGUAAUAAUGGCCCAAAUAUGGUAAGUGUAGCUAAGUUAUUAGUCAAAGUAGAGGCCCAAUAAGUAAGUAAAUGGAUUCACAAGUAAUCUCUUUUAAUUAUGGCCAUCUAAGAAAGCGGAUUGGACCACGAGCAACACUAAAUUAUUUAGAUUGCUUCAAUUGACCUAAUUAACCUUUGGGUUGUAUCGCCUUGAUUGUGGUGUUAAAUUUUCAUUCAGUUAUUUGGCUAAAUCGACUGAAAAAAACUGAGUAACAUCAUAGCCUGGGGGAGAUCGUUUAACAACAAAUCGCCUAACAACUUUCACCUUGGUAUUAAAAGACCUG